AUGGGUGACCGCAACGGCGAACAUACCUUUCCGAAACAGAUUAAAUCGGCACUGCCCAAGCAUCGGCAUAGAGUGUUCCGCUGGGAUGGUUGGGGAUACAAGGAUACACGGUUCCUAAGGGAUGAGCAUGGAUUGUACUGUUCCGGCAGUCGCUACUUCGAGGCCGGUGAAAACCACGUGGGUAGCUUUUGGAGUUGGUAUAAGUCAUACUACGAUUUGGAAGAACGUCCCGUCGAGAUCGUUAAGGAGCCAACGGAGUUCCCGGAACCUCUACGGAAUGAAGCAUUUCUUACGAAGCUGAAAGCAGUCGGAGUGGACUAUUCCGAAAAAGGUUUGCACCGAUUUAUGCGCUGUCACGGGCAGAGCCUGGAAGAUAUAAACGACACACGGAAUCUACGUUUCAACAGAAUACCCGAUUUGGUGAUAUGGCCUAACUGCCACGAACAGGUGGUUCAAAUUGUAGAACUGGCCGUUCAGCAUGACAUUGCACUGAUUCCGGUCGGUGGUAAUACUUCAGUUUCCGGAGCAACACGGACACCAGAAAUCAUGGACCGUACGAUUGCGGUUAUCGAUACGACACAGAUGAAUCGUUUGCUUUGGUUGUCCAAGGAGAAUCUGACUGCUUGCUUUGAGUCGGGAGCCAUCGGUCAGGAUAUUGAACGGGUACUACAGAAGCAAUGUUUGACACUAGGCCACGAACCGGAUUCGUAUGAGUUUUCCACACUUGGCGGAUGGAUAUCGACGCGAGCUUCCGGUGUGAAGAAAAAUGUGUACGGAAACAUCGAAGAUCUUGUAGUGCGAAUAAAAGUUGUUACUCCGGGUGGUGUUCUGGAAAAGCAGUUUAUGGCAGCACGGGUUUCCUGCGGACCCGACAUUGAUCACAUAAUCUUCGGCUCGGAAGGCACACUCGGGGUCAUCACCGAGGCUGUCGUGAAAGUGAGGCCUCUUCCAGAAGUGUCGAAAUUUGAAUCACUGGUGUUUCGCAAUUUCAGAACUGGUGUUCAGUUUGUACGGGAAGUUGCUAAAAAUCGCUCAACACCGGCCUCGGUUCGCUUAAUGGACAACACUCAGUUGAAGAUCGGUCGGGAACUGACGGCAAGUAAAUGGCAUUCGAGAAUUUCGAGGAAACUGGAGGAUUUUUAUAUUGAAAAAUAUUUUGGUUAUUCUUGUGAUGAUAUUGUCACGUGUGUUGUUAUGUUCGAAGGAACCCGAAAUACUGUGACCUGUCAGCAGAAAGAAAUCUACGCUAUAGCUUCGAAAUACGGUGCAAUAGUAGGCGGUGCAAAACGUAGCGAGAAAAGCUAUCGAAUGAUCUUUAUUGCUGCUUAUAUUCGGGAUUUGGCAUUCGAGCACAGUAUAUAUGCCGAUUCAUUUGAAACCUCUGUCUCUUGGAAUAAUACUAUUCAACUGUGUCAAAAUGUGGAAAACAUAAUUAUUACCGAGUGUAAACAACGGUUUUUAUGUCCAUUACUAUCGUAUCGGUUAACUCAAAGCUACGAUACUGGCUGCUGUAUUUACUUCUAUUUGUCGGUUAAAAUACUAGGUUCACCGGAGCAUUCGGCCCGGACGUUUAUGGAACUGGAAUCAAUCGCUCGAGAGGCGAUCUUGGCCAACGGAGGAACGGUUUCACACCAUCACGGUAUCGGAAAGAUACGCAGCAAAUGGUAUCCCGCCACAGUAUCCGAAGCUGGCGUUGGUCUACUGAAAGCCAUCAAAACAGAGCUGGAUCCGAGAAAUAUUUUUGCUGUAGGAAACUUGUUCCCGGAAUAA